UGAAUGCCUACCGGUUGAAACCGGUUUACUAAUUUUCUUCACAGACACAAUCUGGAGACUGGGGAGAGUUUGAAUUUAGUAGGCAUGGCGGCGACCAGAGCUUUGCUUGCCGCUAUAUCGUCGUCUUGUGCUCGCAGGAUCAAAAUCCAAUCCUCAACCUCCUCCUCGUCUUCUUCUUGUUCAAUUCUCCAGUUCCAAAGACGAGAGAGUAUAAUAAUAGCUCGAAGUUUCUCGUCCGACACGAACUCCUCUCCCGACAUAUCCCGUCUUGCUGAGACAGCUCGAAUCUCUCUCACCUCUGCCGAGAUUAAGGAAUGUGAACCUAAGAUUCGUCAAGUCAUCGACUGGUUUGGUCAGCUUCAACAUGUUGAUGUUAACAGUGUUGAGCCUGCGAUUAGAGCAGAAAUGGAAGGAGGAAGUUUGCGAGAGGAUGCUCCCGAGACGUUUGAGAACAGGGAUAGUAUAAGAGCUUCUAUUCCAAGCUUUGAUGAGACAUAUCUAAAAGUCCCUAAAGUAGUAAACAAAGAGUGACUUUUGUUCAGCUUCACAGAUUCAUUCUCAGCUCCGGUCCUUGUUACAUCAUCUAUGUUUUGUUUUUUUUUUUAAAUUGUUUAGAAGAGAAGAACAAAGUAAAACAUUGUAUACGUUACCUAAACUCUAUCCAUUUCGUAUACAGUGAUCCUUGUUUGUAAA